GAAAAGUUCAAACAUGUAAUCAGCAGUUCCUGGUACAAGUUAAAAGCAGUCGGGUCGUCACUGUGAGCAUGUCAUCGGUGUGACGUAGAGUCUGUGAAUUCACAUGCUGUGUAUGAAGAAAGCUUUGUUCUGCUGAGCGCGGCUGUGGAAAAGUUUGGUUUGCAGACAUUUUCAUUUGUUCAUUUGAGUGAGCAGCGUUACAUGUUGGGACAGGAGCCUGCCAGGAGCGCGAGGCGGAACGGUCCCAAACCAUGGCCCGUGGUCGCGCUGUCGGUGCUGGGCUCGGCCGGAGCAGUGGCCGCGGUCGGGUUUCUCUGCGCCCUUAUCUACCCCAUACUCAAAGAGCUGCGGGCAGAGAGGGUGACAGGAGAGGAUGGCACUGAAGAGAAGAUGCUCGGUUUCUGGAGUAUCCUGGUCCUGUCAGUAUUAGUAGGAUGCAUCUGCUGUGGGUUCUCGUGGAUGCUCACCUACCUUGACUCAUUCCAGCCUGGUAUGGAAUUCCCAACACUGCGGACAGUGGCCCACUUCAGAGAUGUUUCUGACCAUGGCUUCCACAUGGGAUAUGGAGUUGCUGUUCUUAAUGGCAUCAUGGCCAUGCUCACCAUCAUCUGGAGUCUCUGCUGACACACACACACAGAGUCAUGCAAGUCAAGGGAAAUAACCACAGUAGUUUUAAUGUGCUGUUAUUGCUGCUAAAACAUGUGAUCACACAGCUGUGCACUAACUGAAGACACCUUCUGUAAACACUGGUGAUGAAGCUGCGGCUUACAUGAUUACACACAGCCUGCGUAUACCAUCCUGCAGUACUGGAUUAAAGCUCUCCAUGUGGGUCUGUAAGCAAUUCAAACUCUGACAUACUGUAUUUCUUCAGAUGAGACCGUGCACAGUGUUGAUUAACCACCCAAACAGGAAUGUUACAUGCUCAGGUCUAAAGCUAACAUGGCAGCUUUGGUCAAAUUUGAAAAACAAAACAAAACAAAAGAAUUAAACUUUUUACUGCUGAUGAA